UUUUUUGUUUCACUGCAAUCAACUUCUCUCCAUUCGCAAGAGCCUGACCCCUUAUCAUGAGAUUCCGAAUCUACAAGAGGAAGGUGGUGAUACUGACUGUGGUGGUUGUCAUCUGUGGCCUAGCUUUCUGGAGCAGCGGAAGGCAGAAGAAGAACGACAGCGGCCCGCUCCCCAAGGAAGUGGAGACGGUGAAGAGAAGCAGCAGCAGUAUUAGCAGCAGCAGUAGUAGCAUCAACAAUCAUAUCCAGGUGCAAGCCACUCCUGCAGUCAGCAGGGCACCUGCCCCACCGCCUGUUAUACAAGCCAAUGACACACACCAGGAGAAAGCAAAGGAAAAAGAGAAGAUACCAAAGCCACCACAGCCAGAGGCAGAUAACACCACUUUAGUCUACCGCGGCAUUGUCUUCCAGCUCAACUUCGAUCAGACAAUAAGAAAUGAGGAAAAGUUUAAGGCAGCGCGGCAGAAGGACCAUCUGGUUGUGGUGGUUCAGGUCCAUAACCGACCAGACUACCUUAAGCUAUUGGUGGACAGUUUGCGGAAGGCCAGAGGUGUGGAGAGCAUACUGCUGAUAUUCAGCCAUGAUUACUGGUCUCCUGACAUAAAUAAAGUGGUGGCCUCUGUUGACUUUUGUCAGGUACUUCAGAUUUUCUUCCCCUUCAGCAUCCAGCUGUACCCCCAGGAGUUCCCCGGACACGACCCCAGAGAUUGUCCCAGAGACAUUCCCAAAAAAGACGCCUUAAAGCUGGGUUGCAUCAACGCAGAGUACCCCGACUCAUUCGGCCACUACCGUGAGGCCAAGUUCUCCCAGACCAAGCACCACUGGUGGUGGAAGCUGCACUUUGUAUGGGACAGAGUCCGGGUUCUGAAGGAACAUAAGGGUGUGGUCCUGCUGAUCGAGGAGGACCACUACUUGUCCCCGGACUUUAUCCAUCUGUUGAAGCUGAUGUCUGCUCUCAAAAAGGAGCGGUGCAAUGACUGCGACAUCCUCUCGCUUGGGAGCUACAGCCACAUCGGCUACUCCAGCAAAGCAAAUAAGGUGGAGGUGAAGCCCUGGAAGUCCACUGAGCACAACAUGGGGAUGGCUCUGAGUAGGGAGACGUAUCAGAAGCUCAUCAAAUGCACCGACACGUUCUGCACUUACGACGACUACAACUGGGACUGGUCCUUACAACACCUGACUGUGUCCUGCUUGCCCUCCUACUGGAAGGUCAUGGUGAGUGAGGCGCCGCGGAUUUUCCACGCUGGAGACUGUGGCAUGCACCACAAGAAGACUUCUUGCAUGCCGAUAAGCCAGAAAACCAAGAUAGAAAACAUCCUACAAAGCAGCGGGAACCAGCUGUUCCCAAAGAAUCUCCUGAUAGCGAAGAGACUGCCAGCCAACGGGGCCGGGGGGGUGGCACCACAUGUGAAAAAUGGGGGCUGGGGAGAUAUCAGGGACCAUGAACUCUGCAAGAGUUAUGCUCGAUUACAGUGACCUUAAUUGCUACUAUUAUAUAUUAUUGUCUCUUUUUGCAUCCUCUAUAAAGAAAAAAGCCUUUUAAAAGUAAAUCUUUAUGGACUAUUCUUCAUAUUGCCUGUUUUAUCCGACUGUUCCAAAUAAAGACAAAUGUUAAAUUUU